AUGAGUUCCGAAGUUUUGGGAUAUACCUCUAAUCUGGUAACCGGAUACGUUGCUGAUCUUAAGGCCAUUCAUAUUUGGAACUGUCGACUAAUGCUAAAAGAACUAAAAAUAGGUAUAUGUGGGAUUGGGGGGGCAACAAUCAUGAUUGCUCUCGGAAUCGCUAUAGCGGAUAAUAUUAGACGCUGCUUCGUGCUUGUUGAA